AUGGAGGUCUCAAGCACCGCCGCCGCAUCGAAGACGAAGAAGGGCGCCGGUGGGCGCAAGGCCGGCGGCCCGAGGAAGAAGUCCGUGACGCGGUCGGUGAAGGCGGGGCUCCAGUUCCCCGUCGGCCGCGUCGGGCGGUACCUCAAGAAGGGCCGGUACGCGCAGCGCGUCGGCACGGGCGCCCCCGUCUACCUCGCCGCCGUCCUCGAGUACCUCGCCGCCGAGGUGCUGGAGCUCGCCGGGAACGCCGCCAAGGACAACAAGAAGUCGCGCAUCAUCCCGAGGCACCUGCUGCUCGCCGUCAGGAACGACGAGGAGCUCGGGAAGCUGCUCGCCGGGGUCACCAUCGCCCACGGCGGCGUGCUGCCCAAGAUCAACCCGGUGCUGCUCCCCAAGAAGACCGCCCAGAAGGAGCCCAAGUCGCCCAAGAAGCCCGCCAAGUCACCGAAGAAGGCUUAG